AUGAUCAUCGACGCGUUCGAGAUCUACGGCCAUGAUCCUACUGACAAGCUCGACAAUCUGUGGCUCUAUCAGAAUGAAAUGUUAAGGAUCAAAACUGCUGAAGAUCAAUAUAUGAUCAACGAGAGAAUCCACAUAGCCACUGAUCAUUUGGGGCGGUUUGUCAAACUACACAUUCAAGAACUAAAGGUUUUAUUAAUUACAUUAGACGACGUGUUGGACAAUAUGUUGACGAUGUAUGAUAAUCACAAUGCGGUCGCAGCAGAACGGAAAGCUACUUACACGGGAGGGCCGGUACCCAUGGAGUUUUACCUCAGCCAAGAAUUUUACUGCGGCAAAAAUGUAUAUAUCUUCGUAUCAGAGUUGUACAGUGACAUUUAUAAUAUGGGACGAGGAGUAGCGCCGUACUGCAAAGAUAGAUCUUUCGUCUUCCUAGGAUUCCUUCACUUUCACGACGAACAGAAGUAUUACCUAUUGGACGACCCAAGCAUAUCCUUCCCUACCGAUAACUACUUACAUGGCUUGGAGUGCCAUAUUGGGAUUUGCAUAUUCAGAUUUCCUUUCAAGAAGAUCCUGCAAAAGGUUCGCGAUGUGUUGACUCUUCCGAAAGCCAUAGUGAAGUGUGGCACAGAGAUGUACAAGCUCCCGCCUCUUACCGCCGCGUCCUGUAUCAUCACCUCCGGCUCAUUCAUACUCGAUUUCAAUAUACAGGGUGUUAGAUAUAGACACUACGAUUAUUUGCUGACUAUGCCAAACGGCAACACAUAUUACACCAAAGAGCCUCGUUCGCCGCUUAUCUGCGAUCAUCAUGUGUGCGAGUGGAACUACACUAAUCAUUACGGAGGUCCAUUCUUGAUCCCUGGUGAUCCUGGUACAGGCAUAGAUCCGGUGCCACCAUACAUCGAACCCACGCCGAAACCCGACGGAAGCGGCGAUGACGACAACAUUACUGUACCGUAUAUCCUCGAUGGGUGCCUGUUCAUGUAUCCACCGAACUAUGGCUCAAUCGCCGGCAAGAGCUACCUGGAUGCCAUUGAUCUCCAUGAUGACAGAUUUACUUGUAAUGCUGCUGGAGGGAAUAAGCAAGGUCUAUAUUGGUAUCCCCAAUGGAUGGGUGCCGUACCACGUCAAACGUUCUCAUCGAUCGGCGAAGAUAAAGACCACUUUGAACGGCCAGGUGCCUUCUACCCGCACCAACAACCAUACGAAUUUGAAGAACAGGAUGCUGAAUAA